AUGGACCUCUGGCCCUGUGGGCGUCUCUCAGCAUGGGAUGGCGAUUCAUCCAGCUUCAUUCCAGAUCCAACAAUUAGUGCCAGCACCCUGGCUCGCCUGGUGGAACAGUAUCCUAUCGCUGAUUUUGGCAGAAUCCGUACCUUCAGUCAUACGCAAACAGAAGAGUUUAUGAGAUGGCCUUUUCCAGCACAAGCACGUCUGCCCGACCUCGGCGUCUACCUGGCACUGAAGACCCUGUCUGUGUCAGAGCGUUCCAGCCGCUAUCCCGUUGACUUUGACUGGUGUGGAAACAUUCGAGUGAGUCGGAAGCCAUGCGGAGAACCUGUCAUCGUGCAGGCAUAUGGCUUGCUUUGGAUUGCUGUCUGGAGGCGGUCAAUCAUCUUGUGCGGUGAAGACUUGGGGACACGCCAUGGCUGGAUAAUCAAACCGACGCCUUCCUCGGAACUUGAGCCCGCCUUCUAUGCAGGCAUCAUCCUCCUUCCCUCGGACUAUCAGGGACGCCAGUAUGUGGAGUUUCUGCGAUUGGACUACGGCCGCUCUGCCAACAUCCAAUGGAAUCAACAGGUCACUGAGCUCAAUGCCCAUACCGACUUUACACGCGGCUGGGAUGAGAAAGUUCUCGAGCUCACUGACGCUUACACUCCGCGAGUCCAAGUCAUGCGGACCAUUCCCGGUUUUCGUGUCACCGCUGUCAACCCCAUCGUGGAUAUUGACUGUAGCCAUGCCCCCGUUUCUCGUAUCCCGAACCACGCUGCGCUGCUGAAUUUGCCAUGGCAAGCCGAUUCCUGGUCAUCACACCCAAGACUUGAUACUUGGUCCUUUGACCCUCGCCUCCAGAGACCGUUCAAUCCGCUCCCGGUCCAGUUGAUAACCACCCGCUACGACUUGAACAGGAUUCGUCAUUACCGCCCCUAUGACGACUGGCUUGUGUUGUUUGCUGAAAUUAUGUGCCGGGUGAAACCCGGACCUGAGCAGUCUGCGUUUCAGGCCGUCGGAAAGGCUAUCGUUCAUCGUCGCGAGCUUGCCGUCUUUUUUCCUGAUUCAUCAGGAGGUUCCACGAUGCUCUAUUCUAAGCAGAGAUCCCUUGACGGACGGGGUGGUAUGCGAAUCCUUCAGUUUAUGGAAACUUUGAAUGAUGCCCAGCAGAAAGUUGGCAAGCUCGGAGACACCCGUUUCGCGAAUAUCCUUGCCCACUUCCUUUGCGCUAUGCAGGUUCCGUGCCUCUCGAUCAAGCCCAUUCCACUGGCCACCGUGCGAGAGCUCGCUGGUUAUCUGAGCCUUUCAUCAUCUACGUUCACCUAUGAGAAUUUCUUAGCCUACCUCAGAAGCUCCCUUCGUCAUCCUCGUUCGUGA